GGGGCGUCUGGCGGGGCGGGGCGGGGCGCGCUGUCUCCCGGCCUGUCUGCGGCGGCGGCAGCGGCGGCGGCCGCACAGACCCCGGGAGCGGCACCAUGAGCGGGUCACAGAACAAUGACGUGAAAAGACAGUGUCUGCUGGAGCGACUCUUGGAUGCAGUGAAGCAGUGCCAGAUCCGCUUUGGAGGGAGAAAAGAGAUCGCUUCAGAUUCUGACAGCAGGGUGACCUGCCUGUGCGCCCAGUUUGAAGCCGUCCUGCAGCAUGGCCUGAGGAGGACACGAGGAUUGGCACUCACGGCGGCUGCCAUCAAGCAGGCAGCUGGCUUCACCAGCAAAACCGAAACAGAGCCCGCGUUCUGGUUCUACGUGAAGGAGGUCCUCAACAAGCACGAGCUGCAGCGCUUCCACGCCCUGCGCAACAUCGCUUCGGACGCCGGGCGGGGCCGCGCCUGGCUGCGCUGUGCCCUCAACGAGCACUCGCUGGAGCGCUACCUGCACAUGCUCCUGGCUGACCGCCCCCGGCUCAGUACUUUCUAUGAGGACUGGUCUUUCAUGAUGGAUGAAGAGAGGGCAAGCAUGCUCCCCACCAUGGCAGCUGGUCUCAACUCCAUCCUCUUCGCCAUCAACAUCGACAACAAGGACCUGAACGGGCAGAGCAAGCUGGCCCCCAGUGUGACGUCACUGCUGAAGGAGUCCACGCAGGGCGUGAGCAGCCUGCUGCGUGAGAUCACCGCGUCCUCGCCCGUGUCCGUCCUCAUCAGGCCCGAGCAGGAUGCCGACCCGCUGCCCGUCGUGUCCCGGAGCCUUGGUGGCGAUGCCAAAUGUCGAAAGGAGCGGAAGAAGAAAAAGAAGGUGACCAACAUCAUCUCCUUCGACGAUGAGGAAGACGAGCAGAACUCUGGUGACGCGUUUAAGAAGACGCCCGGGACAGGGGAGAGCUCGGAGGAGAACUCGGACCGCUCCUCCGUCAACAUCGCCUCGGCCUUCGAGAGCCCCUUUGGGCCCAACUCCAACGGCAGCCAGAGCAGCAACUCGUGGAAGAUCGACUGCCUGUCCUUGAACGGGGAGCUGGGGUACCCGCGGCUGGACGUGAAGAGCAUCGAUGAUGAGGAUGCAGACGAGAAUGAGGACGAUGCCUGCAGGCCCGCCGCCAGCAGGACGCACCCUGGCCACACAGAGUCUCCUGGGAAGCCCCUGGAUGGGAACGCCGGCCUCUCACAGACGCACAGCUGGGCACCGCUGCAAGUGCUUCAUGGCGACGCUGAGGACCUGUUCCCGGUCGGUGGUGCUGGCUCCUUCAGCCCGGCGGAUGCCACCCUGGGAAGCCUGGAGAAUGGGGCAGGGCCUGAGUGCCUUGGCCCCCCUGAGCCUGACCCUCGAUUCAGUGUGGCCACGGCCAGCCCUCCCAGCCCAGGAAGUGCUCUCAACAGCCGGCUGCCUCCUGCCCCGGUGCCCGAGUCCAUGACCAUCAGUGAGCUGCGGCAAGCCAUCGUGGCCAUGAUGAACCGGAAGGACGAGCUGGAGGAAGAGAACAGGUCCCUGAGGAACCUCCUGGACGGUGAGAUGGAGCACUCGGCUGCGCUCCGCCAGGAGGUGGACACCUUAAAGCGGAAGCUGGCUGAGCAGGAGGAGCGGCACGUGAUGAAGAUCCAGGCGCUGGCCAGAGAAAACGAGGUGCUCAAAGUCCAGCUGAAGAAGUACGUGGGAGCUGUCCAGAUGCUGAAGAGAGAAGGCCAAGCAGCGGCAGAAGUUGUACCAAAUCUCUGGAACAUCGAUGGAGAAGUGACAGUCACAGAGCAGAAGCCAGGAGAGGUGGCUGAGGAACUGGCAAGCUCCUAUGAAAGAAAGCUCAUUGAGGUGGCAGAGAUGCACGGCGAGCUGAUCGAGUUCAACGAGCGGCUACACCGGGCCCUGCUGGCCAAGGAAGCCCUGGUCUCUCAGAUGAGGCAGGAGCUCAUCGACCUCCGAGGACCGGUGCCUGGAGAUUUGAGCCAAACAUCAGAAGACCAGAGCUUGUCGGAUUUUGAAAUAUCCAACCGGGCGCUGAUCAAUGUGUGGAUCCCGUCCGUGUUCCUCCGGGGCAAAGCAGCCAACGCCUUCCACGUGUACCAGGUCUACAUCCGGAUAAAAGAUGACGAGUGGAAUGUCUACCGACGCUACACAGAGUUCCGGAGUUUGCACCACAAGCUACAGAGCAAAUACCCGCAAGUGAGGGCCUACAGCUUCCCACCCAAGAAGGCCAUUGGGAACAAGGAUGCCAAGUUCGUGGAGGAGCGGAGGAAGCAGCUGCAGAGCUACCUGCGAAGCGUCCUGAACAAAGUCAUCCAGAUGGCUCCCGAGUUCACCGCCAACGCCUGCAAAGAGACCCUGGUGCAGCUGAUGCCCUUCUUCCUGGACCUCCCCCCGCCUGGAGAGCCCCCCGGUAGGAGCAGCCGGCCCCGGGCGGCCCCCCGCUUCCCCAAGCUGGCCCGCGGGCAUCCACGGGAGGCACGCAGCGUGGAGCCCCAGAGUGGCGACCUCUGACCUCGGCUCCGAGGCGACUGCCACGUCCACCCUCCCGACGCCCAACGCCCGGUCAGAAUGGUCCCAUUGGAGGCUGGACGCGCUGGACCGUGGCUCUGCCCCUAGGGACUCCCUGGGCCUCUCCUCAAGCUGGGGGUCAGCAGGAGGGGGACUCUGGCCUGAGACAUGGCUGGGCGGGGGCGGCUCAGACCCACGCUCCCCCACGGGGACACGAAUGACCAUUAGAGUGACUGAGACCCUGUGCCCUGUGUCAGUGUGACUGCCUGUGCCCCCUUGGGCGGGCCCAAGAAGGACCCCAUCCCCGCCACCCCCACAGUGGCUGCUGGAAGUUGGGGCUUGGCUUCACAGGCAGAGAGGCCUCAGGGUUCUGAAGGGGACCUGGACUCCAGGGACCACCAGGAGGUCCUGGGGUGCAGCUCUGUGGACAGACACCAACACUGAGGGUCCCCUAAAGACAAGGUUUGGGGGUGCCCGCCAGCCCCCCGCUCCUCAACCCCCCACCCCACCCCCCUGCAUUCAUCUCAGAGGCACGAGGAGCCUGAGAAGGAUCAAGAAACAGACGCCGGAGAAUCAGGCCGCCCUGGGCCAGAGGGGGCUCCAAGGAAACUUCUGGAAGGAAGCAGCCCUGUAGUCCUGCCAACUGACGGAAGCUCAUUCAGUGCAGCCGAGAGCAUGCCCACAGAAACGGGGGCUGUGCCCUCCUGAAGCCGCAUCCUGCUGGGAGAACCAGCCUACAUGGCGACCUGGACCUGCCACCUUGAGAUGGGGGUCCCCGCGUCUACUCCCGGGGUGCAGAGGAACCUGGAGGCGCCCAAGAGGUGUCCAGGGACCCUGCACCCACUGUGCUGUGCCUGCACCUCCCAACCCCCAGUUUCCUCAAAACCACCAGGACUGCCAGGACACUCAGCUGCAUCCCCAGAUGCCACCCCCUCUGUCCUGCCCAUGUGAAAGGGGGGCUCCCCAGGCCAGUCUCUGUGGGUGCCCAGCCCCAGCCUGGCCAGGCGUGGGCUGCACCCCAAAUUCAAAGCCAAGACAAGGGGCUGAGGCUGGGCCUGAGUGGAGAAAGGGGUCUGGCUCUGUUUGCCUCUCACCCCAUCCUUGGGCACCGCUAGGUGGCUGGCUGGCUGCUCCCCUUUUACACCGUGGUCACCUUCCACAUAGAGCCCGCUCAACCUGUUAGCGCACACACACGCACACCAUGCCGGCCAAGCCGCUCCUGGACGCCUGAGCUGUGGAAUCAGAGAAGGUUCUGGAGGUCCUUGCCCACCCUGCUCUGCACCCUAAUGAACAGAAUGCCCAGUGUUCAGAGAAGGGGAGGCGGAGGACAAACACCUGGGGGGCAGGACAGCCUGGCUCCUCAGGUUCUGGGAUGGACAGUGCUCAGCAUUACCUGCAGAGAGGCCAGGCCAGCUGUGGGCCCCAGCUCAGGGGAGGCGGGGUCCUGGUGUCUCCAUAUCCCAUCCAGGGCCACCACCAUGGGUCACCUCUCUGCCCACUCUUCUCCCCUUGAAACCAAACUCAGGAAACACGGAGCUGCCUGUCGCUGAGAGAGAGAGAGAGAACCAGGUGCCGGGAUGGACCAGCUGGGUUCAUCCCAUACCUCUGACCCUUGACCCAGGCCAGCCUGCUGCUGUGACUGAGGAGUGGUGGCCAAAAGCUGGGGUCACAGCCCCACCUAGAGUUGGGGUGUAGGGGUCCAUGGACAAGCAGGGGGUUCCCCGUCUACCCCAGGAGCCCGGAAACCCCCAAGCCUUCCCAGUGACUAGAGGCCACCUGAUCUAGGGGAGCCGCAGGCAGGGCUUGGGGACAAGCUCUGGUGGUGGCACCAGCUCUGUGGCCACAGGAUACAGGAGCCUUGGCAUCGAGGGCACAGUCACACCAGGGGUGGGGGUGGGGCACAGCUACUGCGCGAAGCCUGGUAACCCCAGUUUGUGUGGGGGAAGUUUCCAGCGCUGGAACCGGCUUCUAGUGAUGGCUAACACUCUCCCUCACCCCUGCCAAGGUCACUUCACCCACUUGUAGGCUGGGGUCAUGGGGCUCCAGGCCAAAGAACCCCACCUUCAGGCUCCAUGUGAUGAUGGGCCCCCACAGAGGUGUCCCCCCUUCCAGAAGCACCACCCUGCAAUGGCCCAACACUGUCCCCUAAGAAUCCAGACUGGCUGAGGCACCCCGGCAGGGCAUCCCCACACUCCAGCUUCAACCUCAAUGGCAAUAACUGUCCUGGACCUCCUGGGGGACCCCUGGCCACAUGGGGGGGCCAACCCCACCUCCAGCCAGGCGUCUACUCCAGAACUGGGUCUUGAGCACAGAACCAUUCUAACAUGGCGCCCCAUCUCCCUCUGUCCCCACAACCCCGUGCACCCUGGGCAGUGGCUUUGUGCCCAGUGGGUCUGUGCCAAGUCUUCCUGUGGUCCCCCACAAAGGCGGGGGGGGGGGCUCAGCCUUCCCCCCCUCAGCGCCCACCUCCAUGGGUCGCUUGCCUUUCCUCUGGCCUUCAUGUGUGAAGGGAGAUCCCCCAAAUCCAGCAGUAGAUACUUGAGAGCUAGAGGACCCCCCCCCACAGACAGCCCCUCAGGAUGUACCCUACUCCCUCUGGCCCCAUGUGGGGGGUAUGCAUACCAGGGCUGCCCGUAGGAAGGAAGGCACCCCACAGCACUCUCUGCAGGGGACUCUGCCACCCCGGAUGCCCACAAAACCCAUGUCCCCCACUCCCCUAGCAGACUUCCUGGAGACGGCGGCUCUUGAAGGCAGGAGGGACCCUCCAUAUUUCUGGAGUCCACAUAGGCCCCCCAGGAAGGCGGCACUGAUGACCCUCCCCCAUCCAGGUUUACACGCAAGACUUUUCUCUGCGAACGUGUCUACUUUUCUACUCCCUCACAGGGAGCUCUCCUCCUGGGACGGGCCGUGGUGACUCUGCGACAGCCGGGUGGACUCAAACCUCCCGAUGGCGCGGAAUAAACAUGGCGACUUUUUAUAACA